AUGGUUCUAGAGUGGUCCGGAACAUCACAUGGCGAUGCUCUCGGACUAUUGAAUAAUUACUCAUUCAUUAGCCACCUACGUCUCACCCACUUCUUCACCACAAUACUUUAUAAGAAACAAUGCCCUCUGAAGCCCAUUUGUACUACAUUGCUCUUCUUUCAUCUUCUUUCUUUUUUCCCUCAGAUGGAACAAGAAAUUCCCAUUCCUUUCUCAACAGAUGGAUACAACAUGGGAAUCUCAAUUAUAGCAUGCAUGUUAAUAUCAUGGGUAUUAAUCCACAGAUGGAAUCAGAGAAACAAAAUAGGCCCGAAAACGUGGCCGCUCGUCGGGGCAGCGAUUGAACAGUUCAUGAAUUACAAUAGGAUGCACGACUGGAUUCUGAAGUACCUCUCCGAGUCGGAAACUGUGGUGGUGCCGAUGCCAUUCACCACGUAUACUUACAUUGCUGAUCCUGCUAACGUUGAGCAUGUCCUGAAGACCAACUUCGCGAAUUACCCAAAGGGUGAAGUAUAUCGCUCCUACAUGGAGGUGUUGCUGGGAGAUGGUAUUUUCAAUGUAGAUGGUGAGCUAUGGAGGAAACAAAGGAAGACGGCAAGCUUCGAGUUUGCAUCCAAAAACCUGAGGGAUUUCAGCACUCUAGUAUUCAGAGAUUAUAGCCUUAAGCUCUCUUCUAUUCUAAACAAAGCAUCUCUCCACAGCGAACAAAUAGACAUUCAGGAGUUGUUCAUGAGGAUGACUUUGGACUCCAUAUGCAAGGUGGGAUUUGGUGUAGAAAUAGGGACAUUGGCCCCCCAUCUACCAGACAACUCCUUUGCUCGGGCAUUUGAUAUUGCAAAUAUUAUUGUAACUCUUCGGUUCAUUGACCCAUUGUGGAAAAUAAAGAAAUUUCUUAACGUGGGUUCGGAAGCAGUGCUUGACCAGAGCAUCAAAAUCGUCGAUGAUUUCACUUACUCGGUUAUUUGGAAAAGGAAGGCAGAGAUAGAAGCAACUGGAGAGUCGAGCAAAAGCGAAAAGGUUAAGCAUGAUAUAUUAUCAAGAUUUAUUGAGCUAGGGAAAGACCCAGAAAACAACAUAACCGAUAAAAGCCUCAGAGAUAUUGUCCUGAAUUUUGUAAUUGCUGGCCGCGACACGACAGCCACAACUCUCUCUUGGGCCAUAUACAUGAUAAUGAGCAACGCCCAUGUAGCAGACAAGCUGUACUCAGAGCUCACAACAUUAGAGGAAGAAAGGGCGAAAGAGGAAAAGGUCUCGUUGAUUCAGUAUGACAUAGAGGAUUCUGAAACAUUCAAUCAAAGAGUAACACAAUUUGCUGGACUGCUAACAUAUGACUCGUUGGGAAGACUAUCCUAUUUACAUGCAGUGGUCACAGAGACACUCCGAUUGUACCCGGCAGUCCCUCAGGAUCCGAAAGGCAUCUUGGACGAUGAUGUUUUACCUAAUGGAACCAAAGUUAAGGCAGGAGGAUUGGUGACUUAUGUUCCAUAUUCAAUGGGAAGAAUGGAGUACAACUGGGGUCCCGAUGCAGCUUCAUUUAACCCUGAGAGAUGGCUCAAAGAGGGAUAUUUCCAGAAUGCAUCUCCAUUCAAGUUCACUGCCUUCCAGGCAGGGCCAAGGAUAUGCCUAGGGAAGGACUCAGCAUAUCUCCAAAUGAAGAUGGCUCUGGCUAUUUUGUGUAGGUUUUUCAAAUUCAGCUUAGUGCCAGGGCAUCCAGUGAAGUACCGCAUGAUGACAAUUCUGUCAAUGGCACAUGGAUUGAAGGUUACUAUUGACAGGCGUUUCUAAGACUUCUCAGGAACCCAAACCGUUGUUUAUGUUUUCCAUGGUAAAAAUUAAUGUUUCUGUUUGAUACAAUA